CAAACAGCCAUCACAAAAAAAAAAACAAGCUUCAAAGAUGGUGUCCAAGAAGAUGGUCGUCGUCGUGGCGGCGCUGCUGCUCGUGGCGCUCGCACUGGAGGCUGCCCCUCCGGCGGCCGCCAUGGACUGCAAGGCUGGGUGCGCCGAGGUCUCAGGCCCACUCGGCAUGAGCACGGAGGAGUGCAUGAAGAAUUGCGAUGCGAUCGCCGCCGGGCGCAAUGGACAACCCAGGGACCCUUACAAGGAUGACAAGCUUGACAUCCCAAAAUAAAUGGCUGUAACUGGUGAUAUCUGCCUAUAUAUCCAUGCAUGGUCGACAGAUCAUGCAUCUAUAUAUGUACUAUGCAUAUAUAUAUGCCUGUCCAUGAAAUUUGGUUUCCCCUUUCUAUAUUUUUGGCGUCCGACAAAGUUCGACAAGCUAUAAGUCACCCAUGUUCCUCCAUGGAUCCAUCGGAUCUGUAGUAAUGUAAUCGGUCCAUUCAAGGGAUCAGUGCUUGUUAUUCUAUUUGUAUUCCACAUUAUAAGAAAUACAAAGGCAUGCAAUUGAGCCAAAUUUCUUCU